AUGGUCCUGGACCGGCCCCAAUGUGGCUGUGCGUCUUGCUUCGGCUGGUUUCUUCAGACAGCUGCGGGGAUCAAGGAAGAGCCGACGUACGACUUGCAGGACCCCGCUGCCUUGGGCCGCUUCCUGCAGGCCGCACAGAUUGGCCUGGUCCGGGUAGAGUACCUCUACAAGUUGAAGAAGACCAAGAUGGCCUUCCCGCGUCGCCAGGAAGCCGAGGCUGAGGUGUGCCUCCUCCCGGAUGGCUCGCAACGCCCGGCCCUUGUGACGCCGCAGGAAAUCUCUCAGUGGGUAGAAGGGGCCAAAAAGGCCAUCAUCUGCACCAUCUCACACAGCUGGGAAACACGUGAGCACCCCGACCCGUGCCGUUUUCAGCUGGAACAGAUAGUGAACUGCCUCAGCGUCUACGAUGCAGCCUACUAUGAUGAAGUGUGGCUCUUCUAUGAUUACGUAUCCCUGUUCCAGUUCGAGAGGCAUGGGUCGGAAGAGCAGAGCUUCCGGCGGGCCAUGGCCAACAUGCAUGUUGUAUAUGCGCAUGAACACACGCGCACCUUUCGCAUAGAACGUCUCACCCCGAAAUCCAUAUGGGAAGCCAGCCUCGAUGACCCGGUGCGGGUGUAUGAUCCGGAAGCUGGCAAAGUCAUCGAGCGGCCUCUGAAAAGCCUGGUGGCCAACUUCGUCCCAUACGGGGACCGGGGUUGGUGCAAAGCCGAGAUAGAGUGGUCCUCAGCACGCGCCUCCAGCCAAAGCCACCGGCGGAUCGAUCCCCACGAGGAACGCGAGGAUGGCGCUGGCCUCCAUGGCAGAGUUCCAAUGGCUCCCGAAGUUUUCAAGGAAGUGAUGGCCCAGGCGAAGUUCACGCAUCGCUCCGAUGCAGACGCUGUGCUCCGGCUCCAAGAGCGGAUCUUCCAUGAGAAGGUCUCCAGCUGUGAGAUGGCCGUGCUCUCGUACCUUCCCAAGCAAGAAGUCGCCUCCCUGGCGCGGGUGCUGUCAGAUUACCGGCGGCUGCGGGAUCUGCGCCUCCUUAGCAUCAAGGGCGGGCAAGCUGAAGGAGAGGCUCUCGGCCGGGCCAUAGCAGCUCACAAGACGCUGCGCAAGCUCACGAUCAGGAUGGUUUCCAAGGAGCUCGGGCGCAGCUUCAUCAAGGCUUUCGCAGGGUGCCUCAAGGAAAACUCCACGAUCACGCACAUCGACCUCCAUGGCGAAGAAAUUGGCGACGCAGGUGUUGAGGCACUGGCAGGGUGCCUCAAGGAAAACUCCACGGUCACGCACGUCAACCUCGGGAGCAACCAAAUCGGCGAUGCAGGUGCUGAGGCUUUGGCAGGGUGCCUCAAGGACAACUCCACGGUCACACACAUCAACCUGGAGGGCAACAGAAUCGGCUUCGCAGGUGCUGAGGCUUUGGCAGGGUGCCUCAAGGAAAACUCCACGGUCACGCACAUCAACCUCGGGAGCAACGAAAUCGGCGAUGCAGGUGCUGAGGCGUUGGCAAGGUGCCUCACGGAAAACUCCACUGUCACGCACAUCAACCUCUGGCUCAACGGAAUUGGGGACGCAGGUGCUGAGGCUUUGGCAGGGUGCCUCAAGGAAAACUCCACGGUCACGCACAUCAACCUCGAGAUCAACAUCAUCGGCGUUGCAGGUGCUGAGGCUUUGGCAGGGUGCCUCAAGGAAAACUCCACGGUCACACACAUCAACCUGGAGGGCAACAGAAUCGGCUUCGCAGGUGCUGAGGCUUUGGCAGGGUGCCUCAAGGAAAACUCCACGGUCACGCACAUCAACCUCGGGAGCAACGAAAUCGGCGAUGCAGGUGCUGAGGCAUUGGCAGGGUGCCUCAAGGAAAACUCCACGGUCACAUACAUCAACCUCAGAAACAACAAGCUCGGCGAUGCAGGUGCUGAGGCUUUGGCAGGGUGCCUCAAGGAAAACUCCACGGUCACGGACAUCGCGCUCAACUACAACAAAAUCGGCGAUGCAGGUGCUGAGGCUUUGGCAGGGUGCCUCAAGGAAAACUCCACGGUUACGUACAUCGACCUAGAUGACAACUUCGGCGAUGCAGGUCGUGAGGCUUGGGGGGACAUUUUUGAGGCCCUCAAGGACAACAGCCGUCUGGCGCAGGGCUGA